CAGGUCCUGUUCUACUGCUCGAGUUUGUAGACUGCUCCCCGCGCUCCGCGCAUCGUCUGUCCGUCUCGUCUGUCUGUCUGACCCGCUGGAUACUCGGUACAUCGUCUCAACAGAGGUGCCUUCAGCUUUAUCCCAGUCUCCUCAACGUUAUCCAUCAUGGCUGAGAAUAAACUGGCCUCCUUUGGGAAGAUGCUGCUGAGGCGUCGCUUGCUGGACACUUCUCAGGACGAAACCCGCUUCGCUCGCUGUCUCACCACUCUUGACCUCAUAGCCCUCGGGGUGGGGGCGACACUGGGUGCAGGUGUCUACGUUCUGGCUGGGGAAGUGGCCCGAGAGAAGGCUGGACCUGCCAUCGUGCUGUCUUUCCUAAUUGCUGCCUUUUCCUCUGUUCUCGCUGGUUUGUGCUACGCUGAAUUUGGCGCACGUGUUCCCAAGACAGGAUCCGCUUACCUAUACAGCUACGUGACAGUAGGUGAAAUAUGGGCCUUCAUCACGGGAUGGAACCUCAUUCUGUCAUACGUGAUUGGCACAGCUAGUGUGGCACGGGCUUGGAGCUCAACGUUUGACAAUCUAGUGAACAAAACCAUCUCUGACUUUUUCACUGAUUCCAUGUCAUUUCCAUACACUGGAAAAGUGUUAGCGGAAUAUCCAGAUGUGUUUGCCCUCAUCCUGGUCAUGUUGCUCACUGGAUUAUUGGCAUUUGGAGUGAGUGAGUCUGCUCUUGUCAGCAAGAUCUUCACAGGAAUCAACCUGGUGGUUCUGAUAUUUGUCAUCAUAUCGGGCUUUGUGAAAGGUGACACUGCCAACUGGAACCUCACUGUGGAGGACUACAUUAACAGCACAAACAACUAUAAUGCAAAGAUCAUUGAAAAAGAGUUCGGCUCAGGUGGCUUUGCACCAUUUGGCUUGGGUGGAAUCCUUACUGGUGCUGCUACAUGCUUCUAUGCAUUUGUGGGUUUUGACUGCAUCGCAACCACAAGUGAGGAGGCCAAAAACCCCAUGCGUUCCAUCCCGAUCAGCAUAGUGGCCUCUUUGCUCAUCUGCUUUUUUGCCUACUUCGGAGUGUCGGCAGCGCUCACACUCAUGAUGCCCUAUUACAAGCUGGAUGUUCAAAGUCCGCUUCCAGAGGCCUUUCAAUAUGUGCACUGGGACCCUGCUCGCUAUAUUGUGGCGGUGGGGUCUCUGUGUGCCCUUUCCACCAGCUUGUUGGGCUCCAUGUUCCCUAUGCCUCGUGUGAUUUAUGCCAUGGCUGAGGAUGGUCUGCUCUUUCGCUCCCUCUCCCGCAUGCACAAGAAAACCAAGACACCUGUGCUGGCCACCGUUGUGUCUGGCAUCGUAGCAGCUCUGAUGGCCUUCCUGUUUGAUCUCGCCGCAUUAGUGGACUUGAUGUCGAUUGGGACCCUGCUGGCAUACACUCUAGUUGCUGUGUGCGUACUCAUUCUCCGGUACCAGCCAGGCAGUAUUGGCUCCAGUGGUGCUAAUGAGAAGUCAAUGGAACUACAGAGGCUGGAGGCUAAAGGAGGCAUGGCAGAUGUGGAUAGCGGGGAUGAGUACGACCAGGAGCUGGAGACAACACCCCUUAAGGAGAGGUUUUCCAUCAGGAUGCUGGUGCAACCCAUCUGUGAUGUACCCACCAAGAUUUCAGGCAUCAUUGUUUACUCUGCAACUGGCACCAUAUCUGUGUUGUUCACUCUGCUAUGUGUGGUGCUGGCAGUGUACGGAGAGCAGGUGGGGAAGGGCAGCCCUCUUUACAUCACUUUGGUUGUUCUCCUGUCUGUUCUGUCUUCUGUCUGCAUCUUCAUCAUCUGGCGACAGCCCCAGAGUAAAGAGGUUCUCACUUUCAAGGUGCCUUUGCUCCCCAUUCUGCCAUUGGUCAGUAUCUUUGUAAAUAUUUACCUCAUGAUGCAAUUGGAUGGACCUACAUGGGUUCGUUUCGCAGUAUGGAUGGUUAUUGGUUUUAUUAUUUAUUUUGCAUAUGGAAUAAAGCACAGCUCUGAGGGAAAAAACAAUUCCCCAGAAAAAUUUGAGCCAAUUUUCCAAGGAAAGAAACCAAUCUACCUGACUGAAGAUGAGAGUGAGGGGACCACACCUUAAGAAGAGCAGCUGGAUUGGUAUGGCAGCCACAUUACAACCGGUUUUGUAAAUGGCUGCAGUUUCACUUUUGCACCUUAUAAUUCUUCUGAAGUCUGCAUUGAAAACUGACAAAAAUGGCUUCACUCAACCAUUUUUAUUCAGUAGGUAAACUGUGUAUUUCUUGCUAAUCGUUUACCUUGUGUCAGUGUAUAAUGGUUCUGUAACAGUGCUACUUAUGUAUGUCUAGGCUUCAUUAUGAAAAAUAAUUCUGUCUAGUCCUCCAUGUGCUUUGUAUGCACAUGUUGACAGAUCAGAGAUGGGGCAGAACUGUUACGCUUGAAAAAAUGUUUGUGAACAGGGUGUCUCUGCCUGUGGGUGGUCAUUUAGUGUGACUUCUUUCUCUCUCAGUGAAUGGGAAUGUUAUUCAUAGGCUUUGUUUAAACAGGCAGCAAAAAUCUCAUUGGGCGUAGCCAACUCAAGUUUUUAUUUUUUUAUUAUUUAUGACAUGACAUUUGUUUAAUGUCCUUCAUGUCCACAUUUACUCGUAUAUCACACUGUCACAUUCACUAUGUAGUAAAUGUGGCCAUGAAGGACGUCCACAACCACAUUUACUGUGGACACACAUACUGUGGACCUCAGCCACAUUUACUCAUAUAUCACACUGUCACAUUCACCAUGUAGUAAAUGAGUCCCUUUCCAUUAUGCUGGCACUUACAUCAUUACUAUAGUAUCCAGUUUAGGCAAACAGAUCAGAAUUCAUCCUUUGCAAAAUGAUAGUGAGCACAGUCAGAAAAUUCACAUUUAAAGACCAAAUUAGAUUUGUGUGCUGUGUGAACAAACCCAAUAUAUUUUUAUUGGACCAGAGAGAACUGAGAGAGUGUAAAAUAGCAUGUGCAUUAUUGUUUUGAAAUCAAAACGCCCUUGUAGUACUUAAUUUUAUAAACUUGACAUGAUUGGGGAAAGUGAUACAUGAAAAAUAUUUUUAAAACUAUCUUGGAUUUUGUCAGUAGUUUUCUAUUUGUAAAAGUAUGUUCUUGUAUAUUUUUGUAAAUGUAUUUAUGUACCAGCGGGAGGAAAAUGUAUUUAUUGUUAAUGUUACUGUAAUAUGUUUGACAUAUUUUUGGCUUCUUUAGUACCAACAAUACAUUUUGGCACAGUUUUCUCUACUGAGCUGUACAUAUUUGGGAUGUAAAAUAGGAAACCCUCAUUGUCUUAAAUGUGCUUAAUAGCAGAAACAGACAUUCCUUAUUGUCUUUUUCUGGAAAGGAGUCUUGUUUUUUUACUUGCGUAACAAAAUUAGUACUUCUUUCAUUUUGAGCAUCAGCAUCUAAGUGCUCUUAUUUUUCACACAAUUUUUUCCCAUUCUAAUUAUCUUCUUAAGAUGACAUAGUUUAUGCUGUUUUCAUAAUGUUUUUUGUAAAAACAUUGCAAUGUACAUGCUUUUUUCUUUAAGGAAAAGUAGAUUUGAUGGUGGAGAUUAUGGAGAUUUGUGACUUUGGUGGCUUUUUCCGUAUGCUGCUGAGAUAUGGUAUAUGUUAUUGACAUGAACCGAGUAAUUUAUGGCACUUUACACUAAACAGAGUUAUUUGUACAGUUUAUUUUCCAAAAAGCAUUACCGUUUGCUGCAAAUAUUGUAACUUUUAAGCCUGUUUUACAAUUAAUGUUUACACAAUGCUGCUGUGUAGUUGAGCUGGAACUGUUUGUUCCAGUUUAUUGAAAAUCAUAUCUGUUACAAAGUUGAGAGUCGGUAGUAUUCACUUUGAAGAGACAUUCUCCUCUUAUAAUACAGACCCUAAUGGGUAUUACUGUAGCCUACAUUUCCUCAGAAGUGAUGGCUUUUCAUGACUCAAUGCUGUGACUAGCUUUUUCUCACUCUUUCAGAGGUAUAGAGCUGUUCGGUUUGAAGUCCUAAAUCCUGGAAAAGAAUUUUACAGGCAUGUAUUCCCUCUGGCAUUCCUAUGGGAAUUUUUGAUUGAGUAAAAUAAGGUCUGUUGUUUACAUUACUUGUUAGCUCAGGUUAAUUAAAUAAUAUUAAAGGAACUCAUUUCAUUGUUGGUUUAUGCUAAUGCUUCGUUAACGAAUAUGAAUAAGUGGAACCUUACUUGGAAAGUUACCACAUAAAUAAUACCUAAAAUUUGAGAGAAAUAUAUUUUUUAAAAAUAGAACUUGCUUAACAAGCUUCUGGAUUGGCUUACAAAUUGACAUGAUGACUGAAUAGCUCUAUUGGUGUGUAUACUGUAAUAUAACAGACAUUACUGUUUACUGUGUUGUAAGACUUGUUGUUUAAUAUCCAUGUAUAUAUUUGCUCUUUAAAGCUGAAGUGUGAAAUUUCUGUGCCACUGAUGUCACCCAAUGGAAUUGCAAAAAUAGUUUUUGUUUUCACAAAAUGCUCCCAGAUAGUCCCACCCCAAACUCGCACCAUUGGUUGAGCCAGUGUUGCUGUGUUGGGCUUGAUUGGAUGCUUAAACGUGGAUUUGGGUAAUGGCUGACUUUUACUUGUAUCUGCAUAUUAAGAUGAGAUAGAAGAAAGUAUUUUAACUUUAAAACAAAUUACACACUUCAGCUUUCCUAUGUAAAUAGCCUACUUAAUGUGCCUUUAUUAUGUGCUAUGCUGUCAUCAAAUAAACAU